UUGUGUAUCCCUCGUCCCCUUCAAGAACUGGAGCUGUCUGAAAAAUGGGUUCUUAUUUCUUCUUUUUUCCUAUGAUAUUGCUGUUGGCAGCAACUUGUUAUGGCCAAGGAUUUCAAAAAUCGAGAGCAAGCUAUUACGGUAGUCCCGAAGGCCUAGGAACUGCAACCGGAGCCUGUGGGUUUGGAGAGUUUGGAAAGACCGUCAACAAUGGUGAAGUCGCGGGUGUCUCUAGGCUUUACAGUGGUGGAAGUGGUUGUGGAGCUUGCUAUCUGGUAAAGUGCAAAAUCCCAAAAUACUGCAGCAGGGAGGGAGCAAAGGUCGUGGUAACGGAUUAUGGCGAGGGAGACAGAACAGACUUCAUAAUGAGCAAGCGUGGCUACGAAAAAAUGGCUCGACCCAAUAUGGCUCCACAACUACUUGCUUAUGGUGUAGUUGACAUUGAAUACAGAAGAGUUCCAUGUAGUUAUAAUCGCAACCUUGAGCUAAGAAUCCAUGAGAAUAGCAAUUACCCUUCCUACUUGGCCCUGGCCCCUAUAUACAAAGAUGGAAUGUCUGAUAUCACUGGUAUAGACAUCGGACUGGAGAAUAGCCAGAAAUGGAGGCCAAUGCGUAGGGCGUAUGGAACGGUAUUCGACAUUUCAAAUCCACCCAUCGGAUCUCUUCGCGUUAGAAUUUAUUAUGCCAUCCCGUAUGAAGUUAAUUCGGUACAAUUAACCCGUGCCAUUCCUAUGGAUUGGAAGGCUGGAGCUGCAUACGACACUGCAUCUCAACUUAAUUAAGCUCCAAACUACCCGUUCCACCUACUUUUUACAUAUAUAU